AUGCUGAAAUUAUUGGCAGGAGGUUAUUCAACUCUGUUGAUCUUUCAAGACUUUUGCGCAAGGUUAAACGGGUUAUGCGGCGAUAUGCCAAGGAGCCCCUUUCAGCCAUGGGAAAGGAAGGUGAAGGACGCACAAGUUAUUGAACUAGAAAUCAAGACCGAAUUAGCUAUUGCAAACAAUAUGCUAAUCAUAGCUGAUAGAUUGAUUGUUUCUGUCUUUGACAAAAGUAAAAGAGAAUCAAGCGGGCUCUCGACAUCCAAUGUUCAGGCCUUCGCAGAGACUAAUCCACCAUAUACUGAGCGUUCUGACCAUCUGAUACACAGUGUUUCAGUAACUUAA